AUGCAUGGCCAGUAUAGAACUGACCUGGCACGGUACGCCAAAGACGAGAGCGUCAGGAUCAAAUUAGAGCAAGAAAAACUGCGACGAUUAGAAAAAGAACAUCGAAGAAAAGAAGCAGAAUUAAGAGUACACGAAGGGUCUGAGUUGCUUAUGGAUAAAUGUAAAGCUGGUAUAAAUUGGAUAAGACGAGGUGCCCACUCUAGCGUUGGAGACGAUUGGGUGUUUCUUACGUUACUUGGAGUCGUUAUGGCACUGCUGUCAUUUGCCAUCGACUACUGUGUUGCUUUGUUUCAAAAAGGUUCGGGUAUUCCACAGCUGAAAACUAUUAUUAGAGGAAUUAUUUUAAAAGAAUAUUUAUCAUUUCGUACUGCCGUGUCCAAAAUUGUAGGAUUAGGAUGCGCCCUAGGCACCAGUUUACCACUUGGCAAAGUCGGUCCGUUUGUACACAUAGCUAACAUGGUAGCCACAGUACUGAAUAGAUGGAUCUCAAAAGUAACAGGCGCUUAUGUGAACGAAUACAAAAACUACGACAUGCUGGUCGCCGCAUGUGCAGUUGGCGUAGCAUGCACUUUCUCUGCGCCGAUAGGGGGCGUCCUAUUCAGUAUUGAAGUCACAACGUCGUAUUUCGCUGUCCGGAAUUAUUUUCGCGGAUUCUUCUCUGCUACAUGUGCUGCACUGAUGUUUCGAUUAUUGGCUGUAUGGAGCGAAAACGAAGAAACCAUCGUGGCUCUCUACAAUACUUCAUUUCGUUUGGAUAUUCCAUACGACGUAACAGAAAUAUUUGUCUUUGCACUCAUAGGGGUAUUUACCGGCUUUGGUGGCGCUCUCUUCGUCUACAUGCACAGAAAAACAGUAGAAUUUAAUAGAAGACCAACAAUCGUCAAAAGAUUUCUUCAAAAAAACCGUUUUAUUUACCCCGCUAUUGUCACUAUUAUUUUGUCCACUUUGACCUUUCCUCUUGGAUUCGGACAAUUCAUGGCCGGAGAGUUCUGGAUGACUGUCGUAGCUAUCACUAUGCCAAUAGCCUGCGGCGUAUUCAUGCCAAUAUUCAUCGUUGGAGCUGCAUUUGGACGGCUCAUAGGGGAGUCCAUGGCUGCCUGGUUCCCCGAGGGUAUAUGGCAAGGUGGUAGGGUCUAUCCCAUCAUACCAGGCGGUUAUGCUGUAGUGGGCGCCGCUGCUCUGUCUGGGGGCGUUACUCACACCGUAUCUACAGCUGUAAUAGUAGCCGAACUAUCAGGCCAAAUAACUCAUAUAUUGCCGGUGAUGGUUGCAGUAUUAAUUGCCAACGCAAUUGCACUUUUGUUACAACCAUCCAUAUACGAUAGUCUUAUACAGAUAAACAAAUUGCCGUAUCUUCCCGAUAUUCCAACGGGAGAAGCAAGAACGCAUCAUAUAUUCGCCGAGGACAUAAUGACGCGGGAUCUCGACUACGUCGCUUAUGACGUCACGUAUAUGGAUUUGAGAGUGAUACUUGCCAACACAUAUCAUAGAACAUAUCCAUUAGUAGCCAAUCAGGAGUCCAUGACACUAUAUGGUAUCGUUGACCGAUCCGAGUUGGAGUACAUGUUGGACAAACACACCGGCAGGCAGGCGAGGCUCGAGGAAGCGAGUAGGCGGGCGCUUGGAUCGGAUGAGCUCAAUCAGAACGUACCCUCCAACGGGGACAAAAAGAACGACUUCACACAAGUCAACGUAGAGUUUGACCCCGACAUAGGAAAACCACAGAACCAAGCACCAAGUACAACGAGGUCUAAAACCGACACACUAUCACCACUAAUGCCCAAAAAAUUGGAAUUUUCGAUAGGAGAGAGUCAGAGCAGUCUGGCAUCUGAUUUACGGGACAUGGUAGUGGACAUGAAUCCCAGGGAGCAACUACAAUGGGAAAGUGACAGAGUGCAGGAAGUUGUGAAUUUCGAUAAUUGUCAUAUAGACCCAGCUCCGUUACAGAUCGUAGAAAAGAGUUCCUUACAUAAGAUUCAUACUCUCUUCAAUCUGUUGAGUGUAAACAAGGCAUAUGUCACCAGCAUGGGAAGACUAGUUGGGAUUGUAUCACUGGAUGAGGUCCGAACUGCGAUCGUAGGUUCUGGUAUAUAUGACGGCAGCGAUUCAGAGGACGAUGACACGUUUUACGACUCAUACGAAGACAGUGAUGAAGGUGUGGAGAUGGUGGAGAGUAUAAAUUGUGAUCGUGAUCUUGAUACGUCAAAACAGUCGUGACGAGCAUCAUCCUGUGUUGUUCAAGACACAUAUUUGAGCUAGUGAAUCAU